GUUGUUACCAAGGAGACCGAGGCCAUGAGGAUCCCUGGUCCUUAGGCCACCUCCGAGGUCCCCCAUGGCUCCUCCAGUUUGGAUUCUGAUGCUGCUGGUGGGGGCUGCCUGGGGCCAGGACCAAGUAACUGCCUCUGUAUGGAGACAGAACUCUCUGGACCCAAAAGCGAUGGUGCACACUUCGAGGGAGAGUUCCAUUGUCUCGAAGUGUGACUUUGAAGAUAAUUCCAGACCUUUCUGUGACUGGUCUCAAAUGUCUGCAGAUGAUGGGGACUGGGUUCGAACUACUGGGCCCUCCAGCACGGGUACUUCUGGCCCCCCAGGGGGCUACCCCAAUGGAGAGGGCUACUACCUGCACAUGGAUGCCAACAACUUCCCUCGGGGCGGGGUGGCUCGUUUGCGCAGCCCUGACAUAUGGGAGCAAGGUCCACUCUGCAUCCGUUUCGCCUACCACAUGUUUGGGCUGUCAUGGGGUGCCCAGCUCAGACUGCUACUGCUCAGGGGCCGGAAGCACCCCCGGCCCAACGUGCUCUGGAAACACUUGAACACCCAGAGUCCCUCUUGGAUGCCCACCGCUGUCACUGUGCCAGCAGACCGUGAUAUACCAAGCUGGCUGAUGUUUGAGGGCAUGAGGGGAAAUACCGCCUACCUGGACAUCUCUCUGGAUGGCCUCUCAAUCCGGCGGGGUACCUGCAACCGGAUCUGCAUGUCCCAGAUGUGCACCUUUGAUACUCUAAAUGAUCUCUGCGGAUGGAGCUGGGUCCCAACUGCCACCGGGGCUAAGUGGACCCAGAAGAAGGGAUCAUCGGGGGAGUUUGGUGUGGGGCCUGAUGAUGACUUCUCCAGCCCUGGUAGUGGCUACUACAUGCUCCUGGACUCCGCGAACGCUAGGCCAGGACAGAAAGCCGUGCUUCUGAGUCCCCUGAGCCAUUCCAGUGGCUGUCUGACCCUGUCUUUCAGCUACAUCAUGCGCGGCCGGUCGCCUGGCGAGGGCCUUUUCGUCUAUGCUACAUUCUUGGGCAACAUCCGGAAACACACUCUCUUCUCAGGACACCCCGGACCCAACUGGCAGUCUGUGUCUGUCAAUUAUACAGGACAGGGACAGAUACAGUUCAUGGUGGUGGGUAUGUUUGGAGAGAUACCAGAGCCAGCAAUAGCUGUGGAUGCGAUCAGCAUUGCUCCCUGUGGGGAGAGUUUUCCUCAGUGCAGCUUUGAAGACAGAACUCAUCCUUUCUGUGACUGGAACCAUGUGCUUGGAGAUCCUGGACACUGGAGCUGGGGAAGCAAAAGCGUACCCACCCCCAUCUCAGGGCCCCCCAGAGAGUUCCCAUUUGGAGGGGAUCAUUAUAUUUACUUCGAUUCCGUCAAGUUAUCCCAGGCAGGACAGUCUGCCAAGUUGGUGAGUCCACCCUUCUGUGCCCCUGGGGACGUCUGUGUGGAGUUUGCUUACCACAUGUACGGCCUUGGAGAAGGGACCACACUCAAGCUCCUGCUGGGGAGUCCUGCGGGCAGUUCGCCCGUUUCCCUGUGGAGCCGUGUUGGAUCUCAGAGCACGAGCUGGGUGAACAGCUCUGUCACCAUCCCGAAGGGGCAUCAGCAGCCCAUGCAGUUGUUUCUCGAGGCCACUCGGGGUACCAGCACCGCCUUUGUCGUAGCUGUGAAUUUUAUCUUCAUCACUCAUGGACCAUGUCGGGUAUCGCAGCAGACAGAGAUUCUACCUACUGGUCCUUCUGAAAACAUUGUCUUUAUAGUCCCUACAGAAGCAACCCCUAUUUCCGUAGAAAUAUCUUCCACUCACACUGAAGAGACCACCACCCCUACAGAAGUGGCCACUGUAACUGUGGAGGUGACCAGUGUCCUUCAGGAGAGCAUACCCACAGAAGUGACCAGCGUCUCUCCUGAAGGGACCAGUGUCCUUCAGGGGAGCAUACCCACAGAAGUGACCGCUGUCCCCACAGAAGUGACCAGUGUCUCCCCUGAAGGGACCAGUGUCCUUCAGGGGAGCAUACCCACAGAAGUGACCGCUGUCCCCACAGAAGUGACCAGCGUCUCUCCUGAAGGGACCAGUAUCCUUCAGGAGAGCAUACCCACAGAAGUGACCAGCGUCUCUCCUGAAGGGACCAGUGUCCUUCAGGAGAGCAUACCCACAGAAGUGACCAGUGUCUCUCCUGAAGGGACCAGUGUCCUUCAGGAGAGCAUACCCACAGAAGUGACCAGCGUCUCUCCUGAAGGGACCAGUGUCCUUCAGGAGAGCAUACCCACAGAAGUGACCAGUGUCUCUCCUGAAGGGACCAGUGUCCUUCAGGAGAGCAUACCCACAGAAGUGACCGCUGUCCCCACAGAAGUGACUGCUAUCCCCACCAUCCCUACAGAAGUGACCACUGUCUCUCCUGAAGGGUCCAUCAUCUCUACAGAAGUGACCACUGCCACCACAGAAGUGACCACUGCCACCACAGGAGUGACCACUGCCACCACAGGAGUGACCACCCUCUCUCCUGAAGGGACCAUUAUUCCUACAGAAGUGACCACUGUCUCUACUGAGGAGACCACCACCUCUACAGAAGUGACCACUGUCUCUCCUGAAGAGACUACCAUCCCUACAGAAGUGACCACUGUUUCUCCUGAAGAGACUACCAUCCCUACAGAAGUGACCACUGUCUCUCCUGAAGAGACUACCAUCCCUACAGAAGUGACCACUGUCUCUCCUGAAGAGACCACCACCUCUACAGAAGUGACCACUGUCUCUCCUGAGGAGUCUACCACCCCUCCUGUAGGGAUUACUAUCUCCUCUGAAGAGACCACUGUUCUUACAGAGCAAUCUACUGUCCUCAUGCAAAUGCCCACAACCUGUAGACCACCCUGUCCAAGCCCUUCACAGGUUCCAGGUGUCUUGACGACCAGCAUGGCCACAGCUACAGAGAGCUGCCCUGCAAAUGCCCACUUUGAAUUGUGUGCAUGCCCUGCAUCCUGUGAGAGCCCCAAGCCCAACUGCCAGUCUCCCUGCAGCCCUGGCUGUGUCUGCAAUCCUGGGUUUUUGUUUAGUAACAAUCAAUGCAUCAACGAGUCAGCCUGCAAUUGCUUCUACAACAACAAGUACUAUCAGCCUGGGGAAGAAUGGUUCAGUCCCAACUGCACAGAGCGGUGCCGCUGCAUGCCCGGCAGCCGGAUGGAGUGCCAGAUCUCCCAGUGUGGGACACACACUGUCUGCCAGCUGCAGAACGGCCAGUAUGAAUGCCAGCCCUAUGGUAGUGCUACCUGCCUGGUCUAUGGGGACCUUCAUUUUGUCACCUUUGAUGAGAAGAACAUUGACUUCACAGGGACAUGUACCUAUAUCUUGACCCAAAUCUGCGAGAACACCACAGAACCAUCCUUUAAGAUAACUGCAAGCACUGAGGAACGAGGAGUAGAAGGUGUAUCCUCCCUAGACAAAGUCUUCAUCACCCUGCCAGAGACUACCAUUACCAUGAUCAGGGACAGAUACACACUGAUUGCGGGACAGAGAGUCACCCUCCCAGUGAUACCUUCAAAUGGCAUCUUUGUGGGUCUAAGCGGGCGAUUCGUGGAGCUGAGGACGACAUUUGGUUUGCGUGUGAGAUGGGAUGGUGACAAGCAGCUCUUUGUGACUGUGCCCAGUACCUACUCAGGCAAACUCUGUGGUUUCUGUGGGAACUAUGACGGGGACAGCAGCAAUGAUUACCGGAAGCCGGAUGGCACAAUGACACAGGAUGAGGAUGAGCUGGGGAAGAGCUGGCAGGUAGAAGAGGAAGAGGACAAGAAGUGUCAGAACAAGAAGAGCCCCCCAUCUUGUGAUCCAGCCUUGGGGAGAACUAUGUCGGGGUCCAACUUAUGUGGCCAGCUUGUCGACCCAAAAGGAACCUUUGAGUCAUGCCUGCUCUACAUGAAGGCCUCAUCCUUCUUGGAUAACUGUGUAACAGACAUGUGUAGCUUCCAGGGGCUCCAGCAGAUGCUCUGUGCUCAUAUGUCAGCCAUGACUGCCACCUGCCAAGAAGCCGGCUAUGCUGUGAAGUCCUGGAGGGGACCCGAGUUCUGCCCCUUGGACUGCCCUCAAAAUAGCAGGUACUCCCUGUGUGCCAAACCAUGCCCAGAAACCUGCCAUCCCGGAUCUGCUCUCCAGCCCUGCCCAGAACAGUGUGUGGAAGCCUGCGAGUGUGACCCUGGCUUCGUCCUCAGUGGUUUUGAGUGUGUCCCUCGAUCGCAGUGUGGGUGCACCAAUGUUGAGGGACGCUACUUCAAGAUACAGGAGCAGUGGUUUAAUCCGGACUGCAAAGAGAUCUGCAUUUGCGAAGGCAACAACAGUAUCCGCUGCUGGCCUUGGAAGUGUAAGGCCCAGGAAGCCUGUAGCCAUAAGGAAGGCAUAUUAGGCUGUCAUGCCCAAGGUGAAGCCAUCUGCAUUGCCUCCGGUGACCCCCACUACCUGACAUUUGAUGGAGCUUUGCAUCAUUUUAUGGGCACCUGCACUUACGUACUGACCCGGCCUUGCUGGUCCAAUUCUCUAGACAACUUUGUUGUGAGUGCCACAAAUGAGAUCCGUGAGGGCAACUUGGAAGUCUCCAGUAUCAAAGCUGUCCAUGUGCAGGUCUUUGACCUCAAAAUCUCCCUGUUCAAAGGUCGAAGGGUCAUGCUGAACAACCAACGGGUGGCACUACCUGUGUGGCCUUUAAAAGGACGGGUGGCCAUUAGGCUGAGCGGCAUCUUUGUCCUGCUCUACACGAACUUUGGGCUUCAAGUUCGAUAUGAUGGAAAACACCUGGUGGAGGUGACAGUGCCUUCCUCGUACACUGGCUCACUCUGUGGGAUGUGUGGGAACUACAACAAUAACAGUUUGGAUGACAAUCUGCGUCCAGACGGGAAGCCUGCAGGCAACUCACUUCUGCUGGGAACUGCUUGGAAAAUACUUGAAGCCUCUGAUCCUGGCUGCUUUGUAGCCGGGGGCAAGUCUUCCAGCUGUGAGGAGAACAACAUGGACGAGAGCUGGAGUAAAAAGUGCUCCAUCUUGAUGAACCCUCUUGGGCCUUUCUCCAAUUGCCACGAGGCGGUGCCCCCGCAGGCCAGCUUCUCCAGUUGUGUGUAUGGCCAGUGUGGGACCAAAGGGGACAUCCUGGCACUGUGCCGCUCUCUGCAGGCCUACGCAUCCCUGUGUGCCCAAGCUGGCCAGGUGAUUACCUGGCGCAACAGCACCUUCUGCCCUCUGAGGUGCCCACCCAUGAGCAGCUACAACCCAUGUGCCAACCCCUGCCCAGCCACCUGCCUCACCCUAAGCACCGCAAGAGACUGUCCAGACCUGCCCUGUGUCGAGGGCUGUGAAUGCCAGAAAGGCCACAUCCUGAGUGGAACCACCUGUGUGCCUCUCAGACAGUGUGGCUGCAGCGACCAGGACGGCUCCUACCACCUGUUGGGGGAGAGCUGGUACACAGAGAAGACCUGCACCACCCUCUGCACAUGCUCCGUCCACAGCAAUGUCACCUGCAGCAGCACGGCCUGUGAGGCCAACCAAGUGUGCUUGCGCCAGGAUGGGCUGCUGCGCUGUGCUGCAGAGAUGGCAGAGUGUCACAUCUCAGAGGAUUCUCAGAUUGUGAGCUUUGAUGGCCAUAGCCAUCCUAUCCAAGACACAUGUACUUACAUCAUGGUCAAAGUGUGCCACCCCAACAUGAACCUGCCUUUCUUCACGAUCAGUGCCAAGACUAGCAGGGACACCCACAGUAAAAUCAAGACUUUCAGUGUCUAUCAGCUGUACAUUGACAUCUUCAACUUCCGAGUCAUUCUGCAGAGAGACCAUUUAGUCCUGAUCAAUAACACGCCAGUCACCCUUCCUGCCACGACCCAGAUCCCAGGAGUCAGCAUCACGACUGAAGACGUCUAUACCAUUGUCACAAUUAAGGACGAAGUUCAAGUCAAAUUUGAGAGCAACAGUUUCUUAGAUAUCAAAAUUCCUGCAUCCUCUAAUGAAAAGGUCUGCGGGGUAUGCGGGAAUUUCAAUAGCGAAGAAGAGGAUGAACUCAUGACAUCCAGUGAUGAACUAGCUUAUGAGGAGGCGGAGUUCAUGGAGAGCUGGAAAGAUAAGGACAUCGACCCCAAUUGCCAGAACAUGGAAGAGCAGAGCCUCCAAGUGGAGCAGCAGGAGAUCAUGAAUGGAAAGUGCAAGGUCAUUGACUUCGAGAAAGCCCUGGCAUACUGCCAGGCUGCCCUCCAGAGUUCUGCCUGGGCCCAGUGUGCCGCCCGGGUACCCCUCAAGCCCUUCCUUCUGGGAUGUAUGAAAAACUUCUGUGAGUUCAAAGAGCUCUUCCGUGCCCUCUGUGAGGCUCUGCAGUCCUUCGAGGACGCCUGCCAGAACCACGGGCUCAAGCCGCCCAUCUGGAGGAACAGCAGCUUCUGCGCUCUGGAAUGCCCAGCUCACAGUCACUACACAAACUGCCUUCCCUCUUGUCCACCUUCCUGCUUGGACCCGGACAGCCGCUGUGAGGGCUCUGGCCAUAAAGUCCCUGCCACUUGCAGGGAGGGCUGCAUUUGUCAACCGGGCUACGUGCUGAACAAUGACAAGUGUGUGCUCAAAACUCACUGUGGCUGCAAGGAUGCCCAGGGUGUCUUCGUCCCGGAAGGCAAGAACUGGAUCUCCAGCAGCUGUACCCAGAACUGUGUCUGCAUUGGAGGGGCCAUCGAGUGCCAGAAUUUCCAGUGUCCCUUGGGGGCUCAGUGCCAGGACAACGAGGACGGCAGCAGUAACUGUGUCAAAAUCACUCUGCAGUGCCCGGCCCACAGCCUCUACACCAACUGCCUUCCCCCCUGUCCGCCUUCCUGCUCCGACCCUGAUGGCCACUGCAAGGGCAGCAGCCCCAACCUCCCCUCCGCCUGCAAAGAAGGCUGCCUCUGCCUCCCUGGCUUUGUGCUUGAAAAGGACAAGUGUGUACCCAGAAUCCAGUGUGGCUGCAAAGACACCCAGGGUGCCUUCAUCCCAGCAGGCAAGACUUGGAUGUCCACAGGCUGUACCCAGAGCUGUACCUGUAUGAGAGGGGCCAUCAGGUGCCGGGAUUUCCAGUGUCCCUCGGGGACUCACUGCAAGGACGAGGACGGCAGCAGUGACUGUGUCAAAAUCACUUUCCAGUGCCCGGCCCACAGCCAGUACACCAACUGCCUUCCCCCCUGCCCACCUUCCUGCUCGGACCCAGAUGCCCACUGUGAGGGUGCCGUCACCACAGCCCCCUCUACCUGCAGGAAGGGCUGCAUCUGUCAACCGGGCUAUGUGUUGGAUAAAGACAAGUGUGUGCUCAGAAUUGAGUGUGGCUGCCAAGACACCCAGGGUGUCUUCAUCCCGGCAGGCAAGACCUGGACUUCUAGGGGCUGCACCCAGAGCUGUACCUGCACGGGAGGCGUUAUCCACUGCCAGACUUUCCAGUGUUCCCCAGGGACCUACUGCAAGGACAGUGAUGAUGGCAGCAGUCACUGCGCCAAAAUCACUCUGCAGUGCCCAGCCCACAGCCAGUACACCGACUGCCUGCCCUCCUGUCAGCCUUCCUGCCUGGACCCAGACGCCCACUGUGAGGGUGCCGUCACCAAAGCCCCCUCUACCUGUGAGGAGGGCUGUGUCUGCCAACAUGACUAUGUGCUGCAUGACGACAAGUGUAUACCCAGAAUUGAGUGUGGCUGCCAAGACACCCAGGGCAUCCUCAUCCUGGCAGGCAAGACCUGGAUCUCCAGAGGCUGUUCCCGGAGCUGUACCUGCAUGGGAGGGGUCAUCCAGUGCCAGACUUUCCAGUGCCCCCCAGAGACCUACUGCCAGGACGGUGGCAAGGGUGACACCAGUGACUGUGUCAACAUAACUCUGCAGUGCCCCGCCCACAGCCGCUACACCAGCUGCCUACCUUCUUGUCUGCCUUCCUGCUGGGACCCAGAAGGCCUCUGUGAGGGCACCAGCACCACAGCCCCCUCCACCUGUAAGGAGGGCUGUGUCUGUCGAGAUGGCUUUGUGCUGCAUGAAGACAAGUGUAUGCUCAGAAUUCUGUGUGACUGCAAAGACGCCCAGGGCGCUCUCAUCCCAGCGGACAAGACCUGGAUCAACAGAGGCUGUUCACAAACCUGUACCUGUGUGGGAGGGGUCAUCCACUGCAGGGAGUUCCAGUGUCCCUCGGGGACUUUCUGCAGCGACAUGGAGGAUGGCAACAGUAACUGCACCAAAAUCACUCUGCAGUGCCCGGCCCACAGCCAGUUCACAGCCUGCCUCCCCCCCUGUCCGCCUUCCUGCUCCAACCCGGAUGGCCACUGUGAGGACGUCAGCACCAAAGCCCCCUCCAGCUGCAAGGAGGGCUGUGUCUGUCAUCCAGGCUUUGUGUUGAAUGAGGACAAGUGUAUACCCAGAAUUCAGUGUGGCUGCAAAGACACUCAGGGUAUCUUCAUCCCGGCAGGCAAGACCUGGACCUCCAGAGGCUGCACCCAGAGCUGUGCCUGCACGGGAGGGGCCAUCCAGUGCCAGAAUUUCCGGUGUCCCUCAGGGACCUAUUGCCAUGACACCAAUGAUGGCAACAGUAACUGCACCAAAAUCACUCUGCAGUGCCCCGCCCACAGCCUACUCACCAACUGCCUACCUUCCUGCCUGCCGUCCUGCUGGGACCCAGAAGGCCUCUGUAGUGGCACCAGCCAUAACGUUCCCUCCACCUGCAAAGAAGGCUGCGUCUGUCAACCUGGCUAUCUGCUAUAUAACGACAAGUGUGUGCUCAAAAUUCAGUGUGGCUGCAAAGAUGCCCAGGGUGUUGUCAUCUCAGCAGACAAGACCUGGAUCAACAGAGGCUGCACCCAGAGCUGUACCUGCUCAGGAGGGGCCAUCCAGUGCAAGGAGUUCCAGUGUCCCCCAGACACUUACUGCAAGGACAUGGAGGAUGGCAACAGUAACUGCACCAAAAUCACUCUGCAGUGCCCGGCCCACAGCUACUACACCACCUGCCUUCCCCCCUGUCCACCUUCCUGCUCCGACCCUGAUGCCCACUGUGAGGGUGCCAUCACCAAAGCCCCCUCUACCUGCAAGGAGGGCUGUGUCUGCCAACCUGGCUUUGUGCUAUAUAACGACAAGUGUAUACUCAGAAUUGAGUGUGGCUGCAAAGAUGCCCAGGGCGUCCUCAUCCCGGCGGACAAGACCUGGAUCAACAGAGGCUGCACCCAGAGCUGUACCUGCAUGGGAGGGGUCAUCCAGUGCCAGACUUUCCAGUGUCCCUCGGAGACCUACUGCAAGGACACCGAGGAUGGCAACAGUAACUGUGCCAAAAUCACUCUGCACUGCCCGGCCAACAGCUACUUCACCGCCUGCCUGCCCUCCUGCCAGCCUUCCUGCUCUAAUAUGAAUGCCCACUGUGAGGGCCCCAGCACUAAAGCCUCCUCCACCUGCAAGGAGGGCUGCGUCUGUCAAUCUGGCUAUGUGCUGCAAGACGACAAGUGUGUACCCAAAAGUCAUUGUGGCUGCCAAGAUGCUCAGGGUGCUCUCAUCCCGGAAGGCAAGACCUGGAUCACCAGAGGCUGUGCUCAGAGUUGUGACUGCGUGGGAGGGGUCAUCCAGUGCAGGACUUUCCAGUGUCCCUCGGGGACCUACUGCAAGGACAGUGAGGACGACGACAGUCGCUGCACCAAGAUCACUCUGCAGUGCCCGGCCCGCAGCCGCUACACCAGCUGCCUGCCCCCCUGCCCACCCACGUGCUCGGACCCACAGGGGCUCUGUGGGGGCACCAGCCCUAAAGUCCCCUCCACCUGCAAGGAGGGCUGCGUCUGUCGAGCUGGCUUUGUGCUGCAGGAUGACAAGUGUAUGCUCAGAACUCUGUGUAGCUGCAGAGAUGCCCAGGGCGCUCUCAUCCCGCCAGACAAGACCUGGACCUCCAGAGGCUGCACCCAGAGGUGUACCUGUGUAGCAGGGACAAUCCACUGCAGGAAUAUGCAGUGUCCCUCGGGGACUUUCUGCAAGAACAUGGCUGACGGCAGCAGUAACUGCACCAAGAUCACUCUGCAGUGCCCGGCCCACAGCCAGUUCACAGCCUGCCUCCCCCCCUGUCCACCUUCCUGCUCCAACCCGGAUGGCCACUGUGAGGACGUCAGCACCAAAGCCCCCUCCAGCUGCAAGGAGGGCUGCGUCUGCGAUCACGGCUUUGUGCUCAACGAGGACAAGUGUAUACCCAGAAUCCAGUGUGGCUGCAAAGAUACCAGGGGUGACCUCAUUCCACCAGGCAAGACCUGGACCUCCAGAGGCUGCACCCAGAGCUGUGCCUGCGUGGGAGGUGAUGUCCAGUGUCAGACUUUCCAGUGUCCCCAAGGGACCUACUGCAAAGACAGUGACGAUGACAGCAGUCACUGCGCCAAGAUCACUCUGCAGUGCCCAGACCACACCCACUACACCGCCUGCCUUCCCUCCUGUCAGCCUUCCUGCUCGGACCCAGAGGGACACUGUGAGGGCACCAGCCUUAAAGUCCCCUCCACCUGUAAGGAGGGCUGCGUCUGCCAACCUGACUACGUGCUACAUAAUGACAAGUGUGUGCUCAGAACUCAGUGUGACUGCAGAGAUGCCCGGGGUGUCCUCAUCCCGGCAGGCAAGACAUGGACCUCCACAGGCUGCACCCAGAGCUGUACCUGCAUGGGAGGGGCUGUUCAGUGCCAGAAUUUCCAGUGUCCCUCAGAGACUUACUGCAAGGACAAUAAUGACGGCACCAGUAACUGUGUUAAAAUAACUCUGCAGUGCCCAACCCACAGCCUAUUCACUGACUGCCUACCCCCUUGUCUACCUACCUGCUUGGACCCGGAUGGCCUCUGUAAGGGAACCAGUCCCAAAGUCCCCUCCACUUGCAAGGAGGGCUGCAUCUGUCAAUCUGGCUAUGUGCUGCAGAAUGACAAGUGUAUGCUCAGAACUCUGUGUGGCUGCAAAGAUGCCCAGGGUGCUCUCAUCCCAGAAGGCAAGACCUUGGUCUCCAAAGGCUGUACCCAGAGCUGUGCCUGCAGGGCAGGGAGCAUCCACUGCCUGGAUUUCCAGUGUCCUCCAGGGACUUACUGCAAGAAUGACAAUGAUGACAGCAGUCACUGUGCUGAAAUCCCUCUGCAGUGUCCAGUCAACAGCAGCUUCACCGCCUGCCUGCCCUCCUGCCCACCCUCUUGCUUGGACCCAGAGGGCCACUGUGGAGGCACCGGCCUCAAAGUCCCCUCCGCCUGCAAAGAAGGCUGCCUCUGCCACUCUGGCUUUGUGCUUGAUAACGACAAGUGUGUCCCCAGAAUUCACUGUGGCUGCAAAGGUGCCCAGGGUGCUCUCAUCCCGGCAGGCAAGACCUGGACUCCUAGAGGCUGCACCCAGAGCUGUACCUGCAUGGGAGGGGCUGUUCAGUGCCGACAUUUCCAGUGUCCCUCAGAGACUUACUGCAAGGACAAUAGUGACGGCACCAGUGACUGUGUUAAAAUAACUCUGCAGUGCCCGGCCCACAGCCUCUACACCGACUGCCUGCCCUCCUGCCAGCCUUCCUGCUCCGACCCAGAUGCCCACUGUGAGGGCACCAGUCCUAAAGUCCCUUCUACCUGCAAGGAGGGCUGCGUCUGCCAACCGGGCUAUGUGCUGAGUAAUGACAAGUGUGUGCUCAAAACUGAAUGUGACUGCAAAGACACCCAGGGUCCUCUCAUUCCAGCAGGCAAGACCUGGAUCACCAGAGGCUGCACCCAGAGCUGUACCUGCACAGGAGGCGUCAUCCACUGCCAGAAUUUCCGGUGUCCCCAAGGGACCUACUGCAAGGACAACAAUGAUGGCAGCAGUCACUGUGCUAAAAUAACUCUGCAGUGCCCAGACCACAGCCACUUCACUGACUGCCUUCCCUCCUGCCCACCUUCCUGUGCCGAUCUGGAUGCCCACUGUGAGCACACCAGUCCCAAAGUCCCCUCUACGUGCAAGGAGGGCUGCCUCUGUCAACCUGGCUACUUCCUGAACAAUGACAAGUGUGUGCUCCGAAUUCACUGUGACUGCAAAGAUGUCCAUGGUAGCCUCAUUCCGGCAGGCAAGACCUGGAUCUCCAAGGGCUGUACCCAGGACUGUGCCUGCACAGGAGGAGAUGUCCAGUGCCAGAAUUUCCAGUGUCCCUCAGGGACCUUCUGCAAGGACAGUAGUGAUGGCAACAGUCACUGUGUCAAAAUCACUCUGCAGUGCCCGGCUCACAGCCAUUUCACCAGCUGCCUUCCCUCCUGCCCACCUUCCUGCUCUGUUCUGGAUGGCCACUGUGAGGAAAACAGCUCCAAAGUUCCCGCAACCUGUAGGGAGGGCUGCCUCUGUCAGCCUGGCUACUUGUUGAAUAAUGACAAGUGUGUGCUCCGAAUCCAGUGUAGCUGCAAAGACGCCCACGGUGGCCUCAUUCCCGCAGGCAAGACCUGGAUCACCAAAGGCUGCACGGAGAGCUGUAACUGCAUGGGAGGGACCAUCCAGUGCAGGACUUUCCAGUGUUCCCCAGGGACCUACUGCAAGGACAGCAGUGACGGCAGCAGUCACUGUGUCAAAAUCACUCUGCAGUGUCCUGCCCACAGCCGCUACACAAACUGCCUUCCCCCAUGUCUACCUUCCUGUACCGAUCCGGAUGCCCACUGUGAGGGCACCAGCCCCCAAGUCCCCUCCACCUGCAAGGAGGGCUGCCUCUGCCAACCUGGCUACGUGGUGAAUAACGACAAGUGUGUGCUCCAAAUCCACUGUGGCUGCAAAGAUGCCCAGGGUGCUCUUGUUCCGGCAGGCGAGACCUGGGUCUCCAGUGGCUGCACCCAGAGCUGUACCUGCGUGGGAGGGGCUAUCCAAUGUCGAAGCUUCAACUGCCCCCCAGGGACUCAGUGCCAGGAUGGCCGGGACGGCCACGUUAACUGCACCAAAAUCCCUCUGCAGUGCCCCGCCCACAGCCGCUACACCAGCUGCCUACCUUCUUGUAUACCUUCCUGCUCGGACCCAGAAGGCCUCUGUGGGGGCACCAGCCCAAGAGUCCCCUCCACCUGUAAGGAGGGCUGUAUCUGUCGAGCUGGCUUUGUGUUGCAUAACAACAAGUGUAUGCUCAGGAUUCUGUGUGGUUGCAAAGAUGCCCAGGGCGCUCUCAUCCCGGCAGAAAAGUCCUGGCUCUCCAAGGGCUGUACCCAGAACUGUACCUGUGUGGCAGGAAAGAUUCAUUGCCGGGAUAUCCAGUGUCCCUCGGGGACUCACUGCAAGGACGAUGAUGAUGGCAGCAGUCACUGUGUCAAAGUUGCUCUGAAAUGCCCACCCCACAGCUACUACACCAACUGCCUUCCUUCCUGUAUCCCAUCCUGCUCCAACCUGAAUGAGCACUGUGAGGUCCCCAGCGUCACAGGCCCCUCUACCUGCAAAGAAGGCUGCCUCUGUCAGUCUGGCUUUGUGCUCAAUAAGGACAAGUGUGUACUCAGAAUUCAGUGUGGCUGCAAAGACUCCCAGGGUGCCCCCAUUCCGGCAGGCAAGACCUGGAUUGCCACAGGCUGCUCCCAGAAAUGUACCUGCGAGGGCGGACUGGUUCAGUGUCACGAGUUCCAGUGCCCCUCGGGGACUCAGUGCCAGGACAUCGAGGAUGGCAGCAGUGACUGUGCCGAAAUCACUCUGCAGUGCCCCGCUCACAGUCGCUACACCGACUGCCUGCCCUCCUGCCAGCCUUCCUGCCUGGACCCUGAGGGCUUCUGCAAGGGCGUCAGCCCCAAAGCCUUCACCUGCAAGGAGGGCUGCAUCUGUCAGUCUGGCUAUGUGCUGAGUGGUGACAAGUGUAUUCCCAAGAUUCAGUGUAACUGCAAAGAUCCCCACGGUGACCUCAUCUUGGCAGGCAAGACAUGGAUCUCCAGUGGCUGUACCCAGAGCUGUACCUGCGUCAAUGGGGCCAUCGAGUGCCACACCUUCACCUGCCCCUCGGACACCCACUGCCAGCACAGUGAUGAUGGCAGCAGUAACUGUGCCUCCAACACCCCUCCAUGCCCAGCCUACAGCCACCUGACCGACUGCCUGCCCUCCUGUCUGCCUUCCUGCCUGGAUCCUGAUGCCCACUGUGAGGGCACCAGCCCCAAAGUCCCUGCUGUCUGCAAGACAGGCUGCCUCUGUCAACCGGGCUAUGUGCUGAAUAACGACAAGUGCAUCCCCAGAAUUGAGUGUGGCUGCAAAGAUUCCCAGGGCACUCUCAUUCCAGAAAGCAAGACGUGGAUCUCCAGUGGGUGUACCCAGAGCUGUACCUGCAGGGGAGGGGCUGUUCAGUGCCAGGACUUCAAAUGCCCAGUAGGGACCCAUUGCCAGCACAGUGUAGACGGCAGCAGUCACUGUGCCAGCGACGCUCUGCACUGCCCGGCCCACAGCCUCUACACCGCCUGCCUUCCGUCCUGUCUGCCUUCCUGCUCGGACCCAGAGGGCCUCUGCGAUGGCUCCAGCACCAAGGUCCCCUCCUCCUGCAGGGAGGGCUGUGUCUGCCGAUCUGGCUAUGUGCUGCAUGAAGACAAGUGUGUGCUUAGAAUUCACUGUGCCUGCAAAGUCUCCCACGGUAGCCUCAUCCAGACCGGCCAGACAUGGAUCUCCACUCACUGUACCCAGAUUUGUGCAUGCAAGGGAGGACUCUUUCAGUGCCAAAAAUUCCAGUGCCCCUCAGGGACCCAGUGCGAAAAAUAUGAAGACGGCAGCAGUAACUGUGUCUCCAACACUCUGCAGUGCCCAGACAACAGCCUCUACACCACCUGCCUGCCCCCCUGUCUGCCUUCCUGCUCCAACCCAAAUGGGCACUGUGAGGGCAUCAGCACCAAAGUCGCCCCCACGUGCAAGGAGGGCUGCGUCUGUCGACCUGGCUACCUGCUCAACAAGGACACCUGUGUGCACAGAGACCAAUGUGGCUGCAAGGAUGUUAAGGGUGACCUCAUCCCGGCGGGCAAGGCCUGGAUCUCUAGUGGCUGCACCCAGAGCUGUGCCUGCGAGAGUGGGGACAUUCAGUGCCGGGACUUCAGCUGCCCGUCGGGCACCCACUGCCAGCACAAUGAAGACGGCAGCAGCAGCUGUGCAGCCAACAAAUUGGAAAAGUGUACCAUCUUUGGGGACCCCUAUUACCACACUUUUGAUGGCUUGAGCUACCGCUUCCUGGGCCGGAUGAACUACUACCUCAUCAAGACAGUGGACAAGCUCCCAGAGGGGGUGGAGCACCUGGUCAUAGAGGGGCGCAACAAAGUGACCUCCACAGAGAGUCCGACUUUGCACGAAGUGACCACCAUCGUCUAUGGCUAUAAAAUCCAGCUCCAAGAAGGGCUUCUAGUUUUGGUCAACAAUCAGAAGGUGUCGGUCCCCUACAAUCCAAACAACCACCUGCAGAUCAUCUUGCGGGCACAGCGGCUGUUUCUCAUCACUGACUUUGAAAUGGUGGUGGACUUUGACGGAGAACACAAUGCAGUGAUCUCCCUGCCUACCAUGUACCAUGGGCUGGUACGGGGCCUGUGUGGAAACUAUGACAAGAACCGAGACAACGAUUUCAUGUUGCCCAAUGACAUGCUCACCUCAAACCUCAAUACCUUUGGCGACAGUUGGGAGGUGAAGGUGGAUACCCCCUUCCGAUUGCCAAGGGCCCUGCCAGAAGAAGACGAAGGAGAGGAAAAUCCUGACCUUCUGCUCUCAGAGUGCAGCCCAGAGCAGACAGCGCUCAUCAGCAGCACCCAGGCCUGCAGAGUGCUGGUGGACCCCCAGGGCCCGUUUGCUGCCUGCCACCAGAUCAUAGCCCCAGAGCCCUUCGAGCAGCACUGUAUGUCUGACAUGUGCGCUGGAUGGAAAACCAAAGAAGAGGAGGAGCUUCGCUGCCGGGUCCUCAGUGGAUAUGCCAUCAUUUGCCAGGAGGCCGGUGCCAACAUGACUGGCUGGCGGGACCAGACACACUGUGCCAUGACAUGCCCUGCCAACACUGUGUACCAGCGCUGUAUGACGCCCUGCCCAGCAUCCUGUGCCAAAUUUGUGACCCCCAAGGUCUGUGAAGGCCCCUGUGUGGAGGGCUGUGCCAGUAUCCCAGGCUACAUCUACAGUGACACCCAGAGCCUCCCUGUGGCACACUGCGGCUGCACUGCCAGUGGCAUCUAUUACAAGCUGGGUGACAGCUUUGUAACUGACGACUGCUCCCAGCAGUGCACCUGUGCAAGCCAGGGGACCCUGCUGUGUGAGCCCUACGGCUGCAGAGCCCCAGAGUCCUGCACCGUGGCCAACUUCACUCGAGGCUGCUUCCGGGAUAGCCCGUGUCUACAGAACCCCUGUCACAACGAUGGCCGGUGUCAGGAGCAGGGGGCCACCUUCAUCUGCCACUGUGACCCUGGUUAUGGAGGAGCACUGUGCACGGAACCUCGGGAUAUCCCACCCAGAAAAAAGCUAGAAUCCUCCACCUUGCUGGCCAUCCUGCCAGGCGUGUUUGCGAUGGUGUUGGCCCCUUUCUUACUGCCCAGGAUGUAUGUUUACAUGACCACGAGAACUGCCACAGCGAGGAAAGUGUUGAGACGAAAUAGACACAGGCUGGAGGACACAGAUGUUCCAGAGCCUGCCUUCAAAACCACCGAGUUCUGACUUAUCCUCAAACAAACAGAUAAAAAUAAUUUAUUUUUUUAAAUACUUUUUUUUUAAA